AGCCUCUUUUUCCGGGCGUCGGAGGCGCAGGAGCCAAGUGGCGGCGGCGGGAGAAAACCGGAGGGCUGAGCCAUGCCUAAAGGAGGAAAGCAACACCACGCCCAGGAGGAAUGGAUCGGGGACGGGGAGGAGAAGACAUGCCCCGCGCAAGGAGCUGGAGACAAACUAGUAAAGAAGGGAAAGAAGGAUAAAAAGACGAAAAAAUCGUUCUUCGAGGAACUGGCUGUAGAGGAGAAACACUCCAGCGAGAAUCAAGCAGCAGAGAAAGAAAAGAAGGAGCCGCCACAGCAGCUGCAACAGCAAAAGAAGAGGCGAGAUAAGAAAAAAGAGCAGAAGAAAAAACUGGCAGCGGAAGAGGAUGAGGAGGAGAACCAGCUGGUCGAGAGGCUGAAGAAGCUGUCUGCCCAAGCCAGUGAUGAAGAUGAAGAAGUGCCCAUUCCUGUCGCCAAAACAGGCAAGAAAAAUAAAGGAGGAAAUGUGUUUGCUGCGCUGAACCAGGAGCAGAGUGAAGAAGAGGAGGAGGACAACGAUGAUGAAGAAGAAAAAAUAUCAAAGCCCAUCAAACUUGACAGGAAUAAGAGCAACAAGGCAGCCUCUGAUGAUGAAGAAACAAAGAAACCAGGAAAAAAAGCCUCUAAAACCAAACAAAAGGAAGAGGAAGAGGAAGAGGAGGAGGAUAAGGAAGACACAAAGUGGAAAAGCAAAAAGAACGAGAAAAACAAAGGAAAACAACAGAGAGGAGGCUCAGCAUUUGCAACCCUGGCUCAGAGUGAUGAGGAGGAAGCUGAAGAAACUGAGCCCAAGGAAAAACCUAAGGUUGGAGCCAAACAAGCGUCUCAGUCUGAAGAAACUACCACCAAGAAAACAAAAGGGAAAAAGAACCAGCCAGCCAAGAAUAUGUUUGCUGCUCUAGAGGCAGAGGAGACAGAUGAGGAAGAGGAUUAUGGAGAGGAGGACUUCACUGAGGAGAAUGAGAAAUCCAAACAGGACAGCCAGCUGGCAUCGGAGGAGGAAGACGAGAAGAAGGAAGAUGAUCCCUAUGCAAACCUCAGCAAAAAGGAGAAGAAGAAACUCAAGAAACAGCUGGAGUAUGAGCGGCAGGUGGCAACCUUGAAAGCCGCCAAUGCAGCUGAGAAUGAUUUCUCAGUGUCCCAGGCAGAAAUGACCUCGAGACAAGCCAUGUUGGAAAAUGCCUCGGAUAUCAAGUUGGAGAAGUUUAGCAUCUCAGCUCACGGAAAAGAAUUGUUUGUCAAUGCGGAUUUAUAUAUUGUAGCUGGGCGUCGAUAUGGCUUGGUAGGCCCGAACGGGAAGGGCAAAACCACUUUGCUGAAACAUAUCGCUAACCGGGCCUUGAGCAUCCCUCCCAACAUUGAUGUGCUUCUCUGUGAACAAGAGGUUAUUGCGGAUGAAACUCCGGCAGUCCAAGCUGUGCUCAAGGCUGACACCAAGCGACUGAAGCUGUUGGAGGAAGAGAAACAUCUGCAGGCACAACUGGAGAAAGGGGACGAUGCAGCAGCAGAGCGCCUGGAAAAGGUCUAUGAGGAACUUCGGGCUACGGGAGCAGCAGCAGCGGAGGCCAAAGCUCGGAGGAUCCUGGCUGGGUUGGGUUUCAACCCUGAGAUGCAGAAUAGGCAAACUAAGAAAUUCUCAGGAGGUUGGCGCAUGAGGGUCUCUUUGGCCAGAGCCCUGUUCAUGGAGCCCACAUUGCUGAUGCUUGAUGAACCUACCAAUCACUUGGAUCUCAAUGCAGUCAUCUGGCUUAAUAACUAUCUGCAGACGUGGAAGAAAACCCUGCUCAUUGUUUCCCAUGACCAGGGAUUCUUGGAUGAUGUGUGUACGGAUAUCGUCCACUUGGACAUGCAGAAACUUUUCUACUACCGGGGAAACUACAUGACUUUCAAGAAGAUGUAUCAACAGAAACAGAAGGAGCUGCUCAAACAGUACGAGAAGCAAGAGAAGAAGCUCAAAGAUCUGAAGGCUGGGGGAAAGUCGACAAAGCAGGCAGAAAAGCAGACCAAGGAGGCCCUGACGCGGAAGCAGCAGAAAUGUCGCAAGAAGAACCCGGACGAGGAAUCCAACGAGGCCCCCGAGCUCCUGAAACGGCCCAAGGAAUACACUGUGAAAUUCACCUUCCCUGACCCGCCACCUCUUGCCCCACCCAUUCUGGGCCUUCAUGCUGUGGACUUCAGUUACGAAGGACAGAAGCCCCUUUUCAAAAAUUUGGACUUUGGAAUUGACAUGGAAUCACGAAUCUGUAUCGUGGGCCCCAAUGGAGUGGGGAAAAGUACACUACUAUUGCUGUUAACCGGGAAGCUUACACCGACCAGAGGAGAAAUGAGGAAAAACCACAGGCUAAAAGUUGGCUUCUUCAACCAACAAUACGCUGAUCAGCUGAACAUGCAGGAAACAGCCACUGAAUAUCUUCAGCGCAAUUUCAACCUGCCUUACCAAGAUGCCCGUAAAUGUUUGGGGCGGUUCGGUCUUGAGAGUCAUGCCCACACCAUCCAGAUUUGCAAGCUGUCUGGGGGACAAAAAGCUCGCGUAGUAUUUGCCGAAUUAGCUUGUAGAGAGCCAGACGUCCUUAUUCUGGAUGAACCUACGAAUAACCUGGAUAUUGAAUCAAUCGACGCCUUGGGAGAUGCUAUCAACGACUAUAAAGGAGCGGUGAUUAUUGUCAGCCACGAUGCUCGGCUUAUCACGGAGACCAACUGCCAUCUGUGGGUGGUGGAGGACCAGACAGUCAAUCAGAUCGAUGGCGACUUUGAAGACUACAAGCGUGAAGUGCUGGAAGCCUUGGGUGAAGUCCUGGUCAAUCGACCAAGAGAAUGAAGCCGUGAGACGCAGGAGUCACCAGAACACGCGCAGCCUGGUUUCCAUUUUUCCGUUGGAAACUCCACCCUUUCAAAAAGCAGGGCUUUAUUUAUGUGACACAGAGGGACAGAUCUGAACGUAGGCAAGGAAUUAAAAACUGUUGCAAUUUUAACUCUUCUUCCCUUUCUCUCCCCCCUGCAUGGAAAGUGAACUUCUCAAAAGGUGAUGGGUGGAUGGGUGUCCCAUCCUGCCUCUCGCCUUGAGCAGACACCUUGGAAGACCACUCUCACUUUACAAAUCUCUCCCCUUUCCUUCCACUAUUUUGAGGAAUAGUUGGAACGCAACAUGUAAACUUAAUAAAUUAAAAUAUGGCCAUCA